ACAAAGAAAGAAACUUUAGACACUUCCGGAAACCGUUGGAAGCCAACGUUGUAAGUUCUACCACUCUCUCCGACUGAAAAACUCUCUAAGAAACAGAGAAAAUAAGAAAAGGAAGCAACUUCUUGUUAGAGAGAUGUCAGAAAACAGAGUCAGGACGAUAAAGCUUCGCUGCCCAUCGGCUGCGAAAACGGCGUCAUUCGCUGCACCGGAGGAGCAGAAGCUGGACCUGGGCUCCAUAGCCAGAGCGUUCGGGGUGGACCCACAAACGCUGAAGCUCAACGGACACUUCAUCGGCAGAGGCUCCGACCUCAUCGCUUCCUCGGUCACCUGGAAGUCCCUCCUCUCUUUCUUCUCCACCAAACGACUCCCCACGGGGGAAGACGACGCCAACCCCAUCGUCGUCGACGGCAAGCUCUGCAGAGCUGGCACCAAGAGAGUUGGGUGUGACGUUGUUGAUGAUAGCAGUGGAAGAGAGGCAGAGUUGGAAGAUGGGGAAUUUUUGGGGAUGAAGAGUAAAAAGAUGAAGACGACUAGCAAUGUUGGAAUUUGCUCCAAGAGGAAGCAAUUGUUGGAGGAUGUGAAGUUGCUCAAAAAGUUGAAAAUUAGUGAAACCAACCCAGCUUGAUGGAUAUUUUCAGAUAUUCAAGGAAGCAGUAAUGGACUGUGCAAGAGCAUCGCGAGCAACUAAUUCAGUUGCAGUUAUAUGAGUGGGAGUAUGAAGAGGAUGACAGAAGAUGAGGCAGGUGUGGCUUCUCCUUGCAAAAAGAUUAGAUGAAGUUCUCAUGUUUGCUUGUUCUUAGUUUCCAUCUAUUUGGUGUCUCGUUCUCGUGCGCUACCUGUGGUCAUUCAGUCCAGUUGGGGUUCUUACUAUAGUAGAAUCCUCGAUUGGGGAGAAUCCUCGAUCACUCUAGAAAUUUCACAAGCGAAGAAAUCUCAUAGCGUAGAAAAGAAAGGACAAAUUGUUUUGAUUCGAGGCGGAUCCCUUUUGUGUUCCCUAUUUUCCUUUGUAAUUUUGGGCCAGAUACACUUUAUAUUACUUGUAAAUGAUGAGAAUAUAAUGCAAGAAUAAGUCAUAUAUAGGUUUCAUUCA